UAUAACAUUUGGUUUGGUAAUGUCCAUCUUAUGCCUGUGUGGGCAAAUGUUUUUAUCAGAUUUUACUCCUUGAUUUCACUGGAGAGGAGGAAAACCCAGGCAGAUAAAAAUUUAUUGUUACUACAAUCCCAUCAUUUUUUAAGCAUGGAUCCUCUUCAAUUUGGUGGUGAUGAUCCUGGAGCAGUAACAUUGGGUAACUUCAUUAAUUAUUAUGAGUUCCACCCUCCAGAAGAACGACUGAAUUUACUUCCUGAUAAUCUAUUGUUGGAUAGAUUGAAUAGACCUUAUGUCUUUCUUGACAUAGGCUGCAAUACUGGGGCAUUGACCACAAGGCUAUAUGAAAAACUAUUACCAUCCAUCAAGAGUAAAGAUUCUUGUUUAGAGUCCUCUGAAAAUACCUGUCAUAUGCUUGGUAUUGACAUUGAUCCUGUUCUCAUUGAAAGAGCUCACGGGUUGAACACUCAUGCUGAUCGAAUUACAUUCGCAUGUUUAGACUUCAUGUCUGAAAGAAACAAUGAGGUGUUCACGCAGCAUCUAUCUCAAUGUGGGGGACGGUUUGAUGUUAUCUUUUGUUUCUCAGUUUGCAUGUGGAUUCAUUUAAAUCAUGGUGAUGAUGGUUUGAAAAGGUUCCUUCAAGAUAUUUCAGAUAUGGCAAAGAUUAUUGUAAUUGAACCUCAACCUUGGAAAUGCUACAAAUCAGCUGUGAAAAGGUUGAAAAGAUGUCAUAAAACAUUUCCUCUGUUUCAAAAUCUUACCAUUCGAGAGCAAGUUGAACAAUUUAUUGAGGACUUUUUGGUGACAAAAUGUUUCUUCACAAAGAUCCACGAGUCAUUGGAAACAAAAUGGGGAAGGAAAUUACUAAUUUUCAAGCAAAACCAAGACACUGGAAGAUAAGUUAAAUUACAUAGUUUUGUUAUAAAAUGUCAAUAAAUCUUUGCCAGAAUAAAUUAAAAAAUAAACUAGCAAUACAGUAUUUGUCUAAAUUUAA